GACAUUUUCAGCCAGCUGAAUUCAGUAUUUCGCCGCUCGUCACCUGCGGUCAUACUGAUUGCAACUUCCCAAAUUUCUUACAAAAAUCCAAUGAAAAUUAAAAAACAUCUUUUCGUACCUUUAAUGCAAUAAUAUGUGCAUUUUGAAGCAUGCCGAUUCAGGCUCCCUCAUGGACAGAUUUUCUGAACUGUCCCAUCUGCUGCAAUGAAUUCGCGGCCAGCCAGCGAUGUCCGGUCAGUCUGGGCUGCGGGCACACCAUCUGCAAGCUAUGCCUGACGACCCUCUACAACCGGCAGUGUCCCUUCGAUCAGACUGUGAUUGUCAGCGAUAUCGACAAUCUGCCCAUUAACCAUGCCUUGCUCCAGUUGGUCAAGGACUCGGAGCUCCUCGACCUUGGACCACCACCGCCCAGUGUGCAAAAGCUGGAGACGGAGCAUCUCAAGUGCUACCAACUGGGUCAGCGGUGCAUCGAGGAGCUGGCUUUGCACUUGAAGUCCUUCCUCAACCUAAACGGAAAUGGCAAUCUCCUGACUCGACCCAUGCUACGGAAACUGGUUACCCUGGUCAACUGCCAGCUAAUGGAGGAGGAGGGACGGGUGAGGGCGCUCCGAGCAGCAAGAUCCCUAGGCGAACGCACAGUCACCGAGCUAAUCCUGCAGCAUCAAAAUCCCCAACAGUUGAGCUCAAAUUUGUGGGCAGCAGUGCGGACAAGAGGAUGCCAGUUUCUGGGACCCGCCAUGCAAGAGGAGGUACUCAAACUGGUGCUGCUGGCCUUGGAGGAGGGAUCUGCGCUUUCGCGCAAAGUACUGGUCAUGUUCGUCGUGCAGCGACUAGAACCGCAGUUUCCCCAGGCUUCAAAGACUAGUAUCGGACAUGUGGUACAGCUGCUCUACCGUGCAAGCUGCUUCAAGGUGUCCAAGCGGGAGGCGGACUCGUCGUUAAUGCAACUCAAAGAAGAAUUCCGAACAUACGACGCCUUACGUCGCGAGCACGAUGCCCAAAUCGUUCAGAUCGCCACCGAGGCGGGUCUUCGCAUAGCACCGGAACAGUGGUCUUCCCUAUUGUAUGGCGACGUGAUGCAUAAGAGUCAUAUGCAGAGCAUCAUCGAUAAGCUGCAGACGCCAAGCUCCUUUGCCCAAUCAGUCCAGGAAUUGGUCAUCGCCUUGCAGCGGACCAGUGAUCCUGCGAAGCUGUCCAGUUUGCACCAUCAUUUGAAGUACCUGGCCAACAUUGACCCCUGUGCAGAGGUGGCCCCGUGGUCGGAUUUGGCUGAGGCCCUGGAUGCAGUGCGCCAUUCGGUCAUUGGACUGGUAAACUUCCUUCAGCACCAUGGAGUGCGCAAGGCGCAGGACGGCAUCAGUGGCGGUGGCAGCGGUGGGACGGCCAAUAGCAAUCCCAAGUACAAGAUCAGUUUAUGCAGGGACUUAAAUGUGCGAAGGGUGUGUCCUAGAGGUGCAAGCUGUACCUUUGCCCAUUCCCAGGAGGAGGUAGAACGCUAUCGUGCACGGAAUCGAGGAAAACAUAUGAAGACACCGUUGGCCCUGCAGGGGCCCCCCGCGGUAGGAGUAGGAGCCAUUAAAAAACCACUAGGAGAGCAGGACGGACCGGCUCUAGGAGUGCCACCCAUGUUGCCUAUGUCGCCAAUGCAUUAUAUGGGAUCUCCCAGAGGAUAUCUGGAUCCCAGCUUGGGACUAUCGCCGGGAGGUGGACUUCCACCGCAGCAGUCGCCCCUGCUUCAUCCGACCCAUCACAGUCCCAUUACUCGACUCGUAGUGCCCAGCCGCUACGAUCCUCGUUUCAGUGGCUUUGGUGUUGGCACGCCUAGGAAUCCUUCUCCCAGAGAAUACCAAGCAAACCCGGCGCCAGCACAGCGCCAUGCCAACCCACCGAACUUUAGUGUGAACAGCAAUCUGCACAAGGGCUACAUGUUGCCCGGUGGCGGUGGAGAUGUCUUCCAUUUGGGCAAUCCCUGGGAGCAAGCAUACCUGGCACAGCAGCAGCAACAGCAGCAGAAUCCUCAACCGCAUCCCCAACAGCAGCAAUCACCGUCCAGCAAGCCGAAUCCCAGCCGACCGUUGUCGAUUUUAGCCGCAACAGCUGAUACCUCAUUUUAUGAAAAGAAACCGCCGAAUAGUGUUAACAUAGAUCUGGACAGAGUCCCGGAGGUCGAUGUGGAUGCAGUGAAUCUGUUCCGGCGAUCCAACAACAACAACAAUACCAGCUCACACAACAACAACAAUCAUGGCUCAUCGCUGCUGUUCUGGAACAAUACGGGAAAAGAGUCAGCAAAUUUUGUACGAUCAGACUCCAUAUUGGAUGACGAUGCGUCCACAUUCGACGUGCCCACUGGCUCCUCUAUGCUGAGUAUCUACGGUCCCAUUUGUCCCAAGAGCAGCACUACCGGCAACUGGAACAACUUUGAUCUGGGAUAUGGCGGCUACAAGAGCGACAGAAACGAUAACUUCAAUGCCAAUAAGCAACAGCAGCCAGUGUGGGGCAGGAAGCCACAACUGAUGUCGGAGGACAGUUUCGAGGGCGGAAUCGACAGUGGAAUGAUGUUGCAGUUGGAGAAGAACCUGGUGGACAUCGUCGAUCCCGAUGACAGUGGGAUCAAGGUGGACUAGGAGCUGCAGUUCGGCUCACUCAGCCAGAGGAUAUUUCUAUAUAGGUGUUAUAUAGAUCGAAAGGGCGGGAGAGAAUAUGUAUAAUGCAAUCAUUUUACGCAUCGUUAGAGGUUUGUACCGCACAGUUCAAACUUUGGUAGAAUUUCAAAUGUAAUUGUAGUUAAAUCUGAUCCGACCGAUCCGUUAUUGGAUCGGAGCCAAAACAAAACAUCAAUUGGGUUGGGUACCGUCUACUAGAAUCUAUUAAAUAAUUGUCUAAUUAGUUCAUUGUUCAAAUUUUGUGGAAAUGUGUUACUCAUGUUCGUGUUAUGUUUCAGAUUCGGGGAUUGUGUCUAGCACACAUAGUGAAAAGUAAAAGGAAACAUAAAUAAACUCAACCUAGAUUGUAAACUAUGUGUGUAGCCUAGAAUUCAGCUCAGACUCGUAGAUCCGUAGGAACUCCCAAAAGAGGCGAUCAAGAGUGAUGACAAUGAGGAUGAGAUAUGCAAACGCUUGUUGAGAUCAAGCAACAUCCAGAUUUGUAUAGAAGCGAAGAUUUUAAAGCCAUUUUCUCAGAUGAAAUAGCUACUGUGCACUAAUUAACUAAACCAUGAAGACUUCGAAAUCUAGGCAGAACUCAUAUUCCUAUCCAAAAUAGUGUGUUUGUCAUCCACCCUCCUUAUUAUUUGUGAUCAAAUUUUGAUUGAUUGUGUAACGCUGUAAACAUAGAUAUAAACUUAUAUAUUUUUUUUAAUAAUUAACUAUUUCAAAACGCUAUUUUUAUAUAUACAAAAUCAGCAGGGCUGACAGGACUUGAAAAUCCUAUCGCCCUCAGAACACAAUCACACACAUACACCAACACGCAUACAUACCGAGUCACAGGACACGAAUGAUCAUUUGUAUGUGUGAGAAAUGAAUGUUUAUAUUUCUUAAAGAAAUUUUAAUAACGCUAUUGUGCGAUGUUGUUAACUAUUGUACUAUAUAUUAUUAAAUUUAUUGAAAAUAAAUUAAAAUCACGUCCCAUUA